UCGUCAUCCAUCAUCUCCAUUUCUUACACACCAGAAGAUCGCAAACGUCUUCCUCCCUCUCCUCUCUAUUUAUAUUACAAUUUACAACUUCUCAGAUUCGAAACCCAACCAUAUACAUCUCCUUUCUUUUCUGUAUUUAGUGUAAAAUUUCAUUGUAUCGAACGGAAUUGGAAGAAGAAAGAAAGAGUAAGGCAAAAGGGGGGCCUUUUCGAGGAGGAUGAACACGCCCUCUGUUCUUAUUAUGCCUCCUCUCAGAUCUUAGAUUGCUCGGAUUUUUCACAUCCGAUUUUUUUUUCCUAACCGGAAUAUUGGAUUUUGGGCUAUUCGAUCCAUGAAGGAUCCGAUAUUACUGAAUUGAAUUUGAGAGUACCCAUUUGAUAUCUGAUAUACUAUUUGCCGCUCUCUGGGUAAUUCCUUGGAUAAGAAAAAUGGAAUCGGAUCUCGGAAAACUCUUCAUAGGUGGAAUCUCCUGGGACACAAAUGAAGAUCGUCUCAAGGAGUAUUUCAAAUCUUAUGGAGAAGUAGUGGAAGCUGUGAUCAUGAAGGAUAGGACCACAGGUCGUGCCCGUGGUUUUGGCUUUGUUGUCUUUGCCGACCCAACUGUGGCAGAAAGAGUUGUUAUGGAGAAGCAUACUAUAGAUGGUAGAACGGUUGAAGCGAAGAAGGCUGUUCCAAGGGAUGAUCAGCACAUUCUGAAUAGAAACAAUGCUAGCAUUCAUGGAUCACCGGGUCCUGCCCGCACUAAAAAGAUAUUUGUAGGAGGUUUAGCAUCCACAGUCACCGAGAGUGACUUCAAGAAGUACUUUGAGCAGUUUGGGACAAUCACAGAUGUUGUGGUAAUGUAUGAUCACAACACUCAAAGGCCAAGGGGCUUUGGAUUUAUCACUUAUGAUUCAGAAGAUGCAGUAGAGAAAGUGUUAGUUAAAACAUUCCAUGAACUGAAUGGUAAAAUGGUUGAGGUCAAGAGGGCUGUCCCUAAAGAGUUAUCUCCAGGGCCCAGCAGGAGCCCCUUAGGUGGAUAUAAUUAUGGCCUGAGCAGGGUCAAUAGCUUUCUUAAUGGCUAUACUCAAGGAUAUAAUCCGAGUUCAGUUGGAGGCUAUGGAGUUAGAAUGGAUGGUAGAUUUAGUCCAGUUGCUGGUAGUCGGAGUGGAUAUCCAUCAUUUGGUCCUCCUGGUUAUGGAAUGGGCGGCAUGAAUUUUGAGCCAGGACUGAGCCCAAGUUAUGGGGCAAGCUUUGGUACUAAUAUAGGUUAUGGACGGGGAUUGAGCCCUUACUACAGUGGGAACACAAGUAGGUUUGGUAGUCCUAUUGGGUACAAUGGAAGUAAUGGAGGGAGCGGUUCUCUUUUAAGCUCAAGUAGCCGGAAUGUGUGGGGAAAUGGGGGGCUUGGUUAUGUCUCAAACUCUACAAGUUCUAGUGCUUACAUGGGCUCUGGUAGUGGGACUAUUGGAGGUGCUUUUGGCAAUAGUGCAGCAAAUUGGGGUUCUUCUCCUAUUUCGGCUCAAAGUGGAGGGAGUUCUUCUGGCUUUGCCAGCGGGAAUCUUGGUUAUGGAAGUGGUGAUAGCAGUUAUGGGUUGGGUGGAGGAGGGUAUGGAAGAAACAGUGGAACUAAUGCUGCUACAGCGUCAUCAUAUGCUGCAUCAAGUGGUGGUUAUGAUGGAGCUUAUGGAGACUUCUAUGGUGGUGGUUCAGUUUAUGGUGACCCUACUUGGCGGUCUGCAACUUCAGAGCUAGAGGAGUCUGGCUCAUUUGGGUAUGGUCUCGGCAGUGCAGCUUCAGAUGUUACAGCUAAAAGUUCUGUGGGUUAUGUUGGUGGUUAUAGUGUUGCCAAUAGACAAUCAAAUAGAGGAAUUGCUGCGUAGGAGGAUCAUUAUUUCGAUAUCACGAGGAUAUUGUAGGUGAAGGUAAUCCAGUGAACCAAGUAAACGACUGUGAAUUUCGUACAUCCCCCUCAUUAAUAUAUUUAAGCUAAAAAGAAAUUGAUUAUCUAGAGCUAACUGGAGUGGCUAUUUUGAAGACGCUGAAUUCAGAAAGAGCAGUUACAAGGAAUUUUGUGUAAGGAUUGAAAAAUUUGAGGUUUUUUAAUUAAUUUAGGAUUUCUUAUUUGGGUUUGAUUGAGAUGUAAAAUCAGCUUGCGGGAUAUAUUCAGAAAAGAGUGAUUCCAAUCAAUGUAUCGUUCUUCUUUGGCGAUACACAAAGACAGACUCUUUUUCUUUUUAAUUUCUUUCCCCCCUGUAAUGUCUCAGGCAAAGUUGCCGGUUCUUGUCAGGUAUGUUUUCUUUCAUUUUUUUUUUUUUGGGUUUUGUCUUUUUCAGAUUGUACCAGAGGUUCUGGGUGAUUACUAGUGUGAAACUUUUGAGGGUUACCCAUCUGGGUCCCAAAGAAUAAGUUACGAAAUAUUCUGAUUCAUUUCUAUGGGAUACAUUGAACUUCUUUCUACAAUAAAUUUAAUCUUCACUA